AUUCAUAUUCAAGAUCUUGCCUUGAACAGCAAACCAACUCACUAUCCCUGACACCAUGAGCUACUACGGAGGCUACUACGGAGGCCUGGGCUACGGCUAUGGAGGGUUCGGUGGCCUGGGCUAUGGCUAUGGCUGUGGAUGUGGCAACUUCCGCAGGCUGGGCUAUGGCUGUGGCUAUGGAGGCUAUGGGUUCGGCACUGGGUUUGGAGGUUACGGAUAUGGCUGCUACCGCCCAUCCUGCUAUGGAGGGUAUGGAUUCUCUAGCUUUUACUGA